UGUUUUAUGGCUUUACGGAUAACGUUACUUGUAUUGAUUGGUCAUGUGAUUCUAGGUUUUUCAUUGCUGGAUCAGUCGAUUCCACUAGCCGGCUAUUUUCGGUCUACAAUAUACCCAAAAUAUUCGUCUACACAUUAGCCGGACACAAAAACCCCAUCAUGGGGACAUUCAUACUUCAUAACUUGGUGAAUAUAUUGACAGUCAGCUCUGAUGGCCUAAUAUGUUUCUGGGAGGCAAACGUUUCUCUUGAUCAGCUGAAGAGUAUUGAUGACUCAAAACCCACCUCUUUAUUUAGGAUCAGCAACAAAUACCGUUAUACAAGCUCUAACGAUGUGAAAAUCACCGAUCCCGUUAGUGCAGUGGCAUUUCAUAAAGAUUUAAAGUUGCUUGCAACUGGGUUUGAAUCAGGAUUACUUUUACUACAUACAUUUCCCGACUUCAUAUUAAUCAGUGAAGUAAAUUUGUUCACUAACAGUAUAAGCAGUCUAACGAUUAACCGCAAUGGUGACUGGAUUGGUGCAAGUUCAGAGCUAUUCGGACAAAUUGCUGUUUGGGAAUGGAGAUCGCAAUCCUGAUUCCCAUUCUAAGGAAAUGACUAGUUUGGCGUACUCUCCUGAUGGUCUACAUUUGGUGACUGGGGGUUAUGAUAACAAAGUAAAAGUGUGGCGUAUAUCUGGUGGCAGGUGUGUUGUAACCUUUACUGAGCAUACAGCUGGUGUAACUGCAGUUGCAUUUCCAGCUCAAAAUUCCAAAGUCGUUUUGUCAACCAGUUUGGAUGGGACCGUUCGUGCUCAUGAUUUAAUUCGCUACAGGAAUUUCCGUAUGUUCACUGUGCCUACUCGUCGCAUCCAGUUCUCGUCAUUGGCUGUUGAUACGCAUGGCUCUCUUGUUGCUGCUGGAGGUUUGGAUACUUUCGAAGCUUAUGUAUGGUCAGUUAAGACAGGUCAGCUGUUGGCUACUUUGACGAGGCAUACUUCUCCUAUUAGUGCACUAGCAUUUAACCCUGCCAUUUCUGGUAUUGAUAUCGAUUUUACUACUGUCAGUUGGGAUUGUACGCUUCGAUUAUGGGAUGUUACAGGCAAUUUAACUGAUGAAAAUAAUUUGUCUAGUAUGGGUCUUACGAAAGAGAUUGUAAAUUUUUCAUGUGAUGCCUUAUGUGUCGUAUAUCGAGGUGAUGGUAAACAGCUGGCUAUUUCCCUUUUGAACGGAAACAUAGUUUUCUAUGACCCUAACGAAGGGGUUGAAAUGGGAACCAUAGAUGGUCAUCGGGACCUUGGGGUAGCACAGACAAGUGAGGACGACUUAGUUACCCCACGUAGAGCUGCUGAAGCUAAGAAAUUCCAAACUAUAGCUUAUUCUGUCGACGGUGAACAUUUAAUAGCAGGUGGAGAUUCAAAAUAUAUAUGUCUCUAUUCUGUUCCUGAUAAAUUAUUAAUUAAACGAUUUGAAGUCACAUGUAAUCUUUCACUUGUUGGAGUUCGAGAGGUACACGAUCGGCGUAACUAUUUACAUCGUUUCAGUAUGGAAGCAAUGAACGCCAAAGAAGCAAAACGUCCUAGUUUGCGAAUUCCAUCGAGCAUUAAGGGUGAAGAUCGUAGUCGUCGCCAAUGGAGACCUGAAGUGAGAGUUUCUGCAGUUGAAUUUUCACCUACAGGUGAUUCAUUUGCAACUGUCACAACAGAAGGUAUUCUUGUAUAUUCCUUACCAUCUGCUGGAACAGGAUAUGGUAUAGGUAGUAUUUUUGGUGCUUCUAGCAGUAGUGAUAGUGGUUGGUUGUUUGAUACAUUAGGUAUUGAUGAACAAACUACUCCAUCAAACGCUCGUAAUGCAGUCGUACAAGGUAGACAUGCAGAGGCGUUGAACAUGGCUAUUCGGUUGCAAUUGCAUGAACUUGUUGAGGAAGUCAUUGAGUCAAUUCCCGUUGACCAAAUUGACUUUUUGGCCCGUCAACUCCCUAUCAAUCAAGUUGCACAUUAUCUCAUCGCUUUUCUUGCUCGUCAGUUGAGUGGUCGAUCACGUCAUGUUGAGUUUUAUGUUCGCUGGACACAUUCUAUACUCCGUUCUCAUGCGUUAAACCUGCGAAGAAUAGCUGCUAAUUCAGCUUUAUCUGAAUGUACGAAUUCUAAGGAGUCAAGAAAUCUUCCGAAUAACGAAUCAAUAGACAACAAAAAGGAACUUCGUAAUCCAGGUUUUUUAACUUUACAGGGUGAAUGGGCAACUUGUCAAGCAAGUUUAGUUCGCUUACAGGCUAGUCUGAAUCAUGUAAAGUCUCAUCUAAUCAAACAUUGCGAAAAUGUGGACAAUUUGUGGAAUUAUUACGAACGUUCACUCAAACGGUAUCACGAGAAGGAUAAUAAUAAUGUACAGAGUGAAAAUGUCAUGGAAUAUAGUUCCAGCUAAUCAGUUUCAUAUUAUACUUAUUAGCUCUUACAUUAUGAAAAGAGGGUGUAUUAAGAAUUAUUAUAACUCGAUUUAUUGACAAUAUUAAUCACAUAUUUGUUUGUAGAUUAUCAAUUUAUCGUGGAUUGUGUCUUCAAAACAUACCCAUAAUGUAAAUACAAAUUCUUUAAAAAAUGUUCAUGGUUUUUAUCAGUAGUCGGAACUGAUCAAAAAUCAGUUCCAUACAAUAUCAACCAGUAUAAAACAGAUUUAAAACUUAUUUCUGAUGCUAUUAUCUGC